CUGUAAAAUAAGCCCAUAAGAAACUGUUUUUUAAAAUUGUUGACGUUUAUUACUGGAAUGAAUGAUUGUUUAUCGUGUAUUGCGUAUUAAAUAUCUUAUAUGAAUAUUAAGAAAAGAGGAGAAAAUAUGAUUAGUGACUGUACGUAAAAUAAGUCAAAAAGCGAUAGUGAUCUGAUUUUAUAGUGCUCUGUGGUCUAACCUAAGAGAAUUUAUUAGUCACUGAAAAACUUUGUCUUACUUAAAAAUGACUGAGAAGCAGAAAGUUUUAAUUUGUGGAGAUGUGGAAGGACAUUUCAAGUUCCUCUUCUCCAAAGUUGAAGCUAUUAAUAAAAAGAAUGGACCCUUUGAUUACUUGCUAUGUGUUGGUAAUUUCUUUGGUGAAAACAAUGAGGAACUUGAAAUAUAUAAAAGUAAAGGAAAAAAUAUUCCAAUUCCUACAUAUAUCAUUGGACCCAAUAAGGAUAGGGAUGUAAAACAUUAUCCAGAUAUGAACGGCUGUGAAAUAUGUCCAAAUCUUAUAUUCCUUGGAAAACGUGGACUUUAUAGUUCCAGUUCUGGCCUUAAAAUAGCCUAUCUUAGUGGUGUAGAAACAACUUCAUCAGAAUCUAGUCCUUGCACAUUUGACGAGAAUGAUGUUUUGGCUGUUCGAUACAAUUGUUUAAAGGGUCAACCAAGUUUUAGAGGUGUUGACAUUUUAUUAACCUCUCCGUGGCCCAAAGACAUUACUCAAUCAGAUCCCAAGCAACCAGGCCACAAAUAUAAUGGUUCCAAAUUAAUUGCAUGGUUAGCUACACAAGUAAAGCCAAGAUACCAUAUUUCUGCGCUUGAAGGAAUUUAUUAUGACCGACCUCCUUAUAGGAAUCUGAGUCAAAAUGGAGAUAGUAUUGAGAUUGCAUCAAGAUUUAUUGCACUAGCUUCAGUGGGUAACACUAAUAAAAGAAAAUGGUUAUAUGCCUUGAAUUUAACACCAGUGGAUCGAACGCGUCUGUCAGAUUUGGUAAUGAAAACAACCGAUGAAACGCCAAGUCCCUAUUCAUUAGCUUUGUUGAGUUCUCAUCCAUCUGGACAAAAAUCAACAGCAAAUAGUACACAAUUUUUCUAUGACAUGGAAUCCAAAGAUACAAGAAAAAGAACAAAACAUCAAGAUGGAAGCAAUAAAAAAGCGAAGAUAGAAUUUGACCAAGCAAAAUGCUGGUUCUGCCUGUCAAGUCCUCAAGUUUCGAAGCAUCUAGUAAUCUCUGUUGGUACAGAGGUCUAUGUGGCACUUGCUAAAGGUGGAUUAGUAAAGGAUCACUUUUUAAUUUUACCAAUAACGCAUCAUCAAAAUCUGGCAAUUUUACCUGAAAACGUUGCUAAAGAAGUUAAGCUAUACAAAAAAGCUGUGACGAAGUAUUACGCAAGUACAGACAAAGUACCUGUCUUCUUUGAAAGAAAUUACAAAAGUUCACAUUGUCAAUUACAAGCUGUACCUGUCCACAAAAAUCAAGCACCUGCAAUAAAGGAGACUUUCCAGGAAUUAGCUUCAUGCAAUAACUUUCAAUUGAGCGAACUGCCCCUUCAUACGCAGUUGCAACAAAUUGCACAACCGGGUACACUGUAUUUUUAUGUGGAAUUGCCCAAUGGAGAAGCUUUAUAUUAUAGGAUUAAGAAAGACUUUCCACUUCAAUUUGGCCGUGAAGUAUUGGCUAGUGAUAGAAUAUUAGACAUUAAUGAUAGAUCGGAUUGGAGAGAUUGUCAAAUGGACAAGGAAGAAGAGACGGAAUUAGCAAAAAAUAUUCGCAAACAGUUUCAGCCGUACGACAUACAAUCUUAGAAGUAGUUAUAUUGCCCAGUUGUAAAAAGUUGAAUUUUCAGUUUUUGUUUAACGUAAAAGUUAUAUGGGCUGUAUCAUAAUUUUUGUAUAUUUAAAAUGUUAUAAAAUUUCACGUAACAUUAAUGAAACUGACAUAUUUGAUUUGUGCAUAUUUAUAUUUUUUUUAUCAUUAAGAUUCAUUAAUAUGUAAUAUCAAAUAUAUUCCAAUCUUAUACUGACGCUUAGUAUGAUUACGAUUUAAGAUGACUUUUCUUGAUUAUUAUGAUAUUGUAAUUCAUAUUCACUUGGUGUUGCUAGUGGGUCCAAGCCGCACCGUUUCAUUUGUACAGCAAUGUCGAAAAGGUAAUCAUAACACUCCGUCCUGUAAAAUGGAUGACAAAUGAAGAAUUGACUAUUAAAAAUUAUGCAAACAGAA